GCGACCUGCCCGCUCAUCGGAGCCUCUCUCCGCUUCGUCGUUCUGUUUCACAGGCAGCUUUCCAAAGGCAAAACCCCCCGCCCCCUGCCCCCCGGGGGGCGCUGGACUUCGAGCAGCCAAAGACCAGCUGAAGGCAAAGCGGGCAGCGUAGGACGGGCCGGCGGGUUUGUGAGCUGGGGGGGGGGGGACUUUAUGGGGCGGGGGUGGUCUGCGGGUCCUCCACUGCACCCAGGCUGGCGCGGAGAACAUGAGAGGUGGUGAGAGUCUCGGUGGGUCGCUGCCGUGUGCCAGGGAUUGAUGAUGCUCCUCUCCGUGGCCGUGGGCUCCCUCCCUGGAUUCUAUCACACAUGGAUGGUUCUACCAGCACUGGAGUGCAGAUGAUGAUGAUGACGAUGACGAUGAUGAGCGUACGAACAAGGAUUUCGUUUUGCAUCUGAGGACAGCUCGAACCAAGUCAUUUUACCGUACCAAAAAAGACAUCUCUAUCUGAGAAAAGGGACAAUUCUGGGAGGGGUAGGGGGAGCACGGACGGUGACAACAGAUGCGAGAGGUGCGCGCUUCGGAGACGCUGGUUGUGUGUGUAACCGGAGCGCGGCGCGGAGGACAGGAGACAGCUCCACGGUGUCCAACAUUGCGGAGGAUACAAAAUAAAUAAUUAACGUGUCCCUUUUCGCUUUUGUGUAAAAAAAGAAAAAAAAAAAAAGAUCAGAGAGCCACAACAGAACACAGACAAGAUCAUGCCCCUCUGAAAAAGAAAAAAAAAAAUCUUGUGGAUCUCCUUUGUAUUUACUGUGUCAGAUUUAAAUGAUUUCAUUGAGAGCACAGUCAUAAUUCGCAUAGGUAUGAUAACUGCUGCUCAAGUGUCUCUGUGAAAGGGUGCGCACAGAGAGAGCCGAACGAAUGUGGGGGGGAAGCGAGUGCAUCUCGAGACGAGCAUGAACGUGGCACCCACAUUUGGGAGCAAACGGACCAAGUUGGAGCAACACGUUCAUCGUGUCUAUGUUCAGUAGCUCGGAGCGGAGACGGAGCGCUCUGCGCUAAGCGCGCAACAGAAACCCAGCCCGUUCUCACAGAGACCAGUUUUUCAGACGAGUGUCGCGCGUAUUCUUGGCGAUCUUGCGUGGACGUCCGUCCUCCCCGUGUUCGCUCGGCGCACCCGCGACCGCAACACGGAACAGCUGUAUCAUAUGUGUGCCGAGUCCUGGAGCCGAUGGGAUGUAAUGUGGUGUGCUCGCGCUGAGUCUCCUCCUCUGCUGCUCCCUCACCACUGGCGAUCGGUGUCCACGGAAUGGCGCGGUUCGGAGACGAGGUGCCGUCCAGGUACGGCGGGGGACCCGGCCAAGGCGGCCCCGGCCGCGGCGGUAGCAGGCAGGGCGGCCCGCCCGGAGCCCAGAGGAUGUACAAGCAGUCGAUGGCCCAGCGAGCCCGGACCAUGGCGCUAUAUAACCCCAUCCCGGUGCGGCAGAACUGUUUCACGGUCAACCGCUCCCUCUUCAUCUUUAGCGAGGACAACUUUGUGAGAAAAUACGCCAAAAAAAUCACCGAAUGGCCUCCUUUCGAGUACAUGAUCCUGGCCACCAUCAUCGCCAACUGCAUUGUCCUGGCCCUGGAGCAGCAUCUGCCUGAUGGGGAUAAGACCCCCAUGUCUGAACGCCUGGAUGACACAGAGCCCUACUUCAUUGGCAUUUUCUGCUUUGAAUCGGGCAUCAAGAUCCUGGCGCUGGGCUUUGCCUUCCACAAGGGCUCAUACUUGCGCAACGGCUGGAAUGUUAUGGACUUUGUGGUGGUGCUCACUGGCAUCUUGUCCACGGUGGGAUCGGAAUUUGAUCUACGGACCCUUCGGGCAGUCAGGGUGUUGAGACCCCUCAAACUAGUGUCUGGAAUUCCUAGCCUGCAGGUGGUGCUGAAGUCCAUCAUGAAGGCCAUGAUCCCCUUGCUGCAGAUCGGCCUGCUGCUGUUCUUCGCCAUCCUCAUGUUCGCCAUCAUUGGCUUGGAGUUCUACAUGGGCAAGUUCCACACAACCUGCUUCGAUAUCAUCACCAUGGAGAUCCGUGAGGAGUUUCCCUGUGGGACAGAGCUCCCCUCCAGGCUGUGUCCCAAUGGGACCGAAUGUCGGGAGUACUGGCUCGGGCCCAACUACGGCAUCACGCAGUUCGACAACAUACUGUUUGCCGUGCUAACCGUCUUCCAGUGCAUCACCAUGGAGGGCUGGACCGACCUGCUCUACUAUAGCAAUGAUGCCUCAGGGAGUGCUUGGAAUUGGAUGUACUUCAUCCCUCUCAUCAUCAUUGGCUCCUUCUUCAUGCUAAACCUGGUGCUGGGUGUGCUGUCCGGGGAGUUCGCCAAAGAGAGGGAGCGUGUGGAGAACCGCAGUGAGUUUCUGAAGCUGCGGCGGCAACAGCAGAUCGAGAGGGAGCUCAAUGGCUACUUGGAGUGGAUCUGCAAGGCUGAAGAGGUUAUUCUGGCGGAUGAGGACAAUGACCCUGAUGAUCGAAUGCCCUUUGAUGGCUCCCGAAGGAGGCCCACCAUCAAAAAGAGCAAGCCUGAUUUGUUGAAUCCAGAGGAGGGAGAGGUUGACAUUGCUGUAGGGUCACCCUUCGCACGUGCCAGCAUCAAGAGCGCUAAACUGGAGGGCUCCUCCUUCCGCAAGAAGGAGCGACGGCUUCGCUUCUUCAUCCGACACAUUGUGAAGACGCAGGCCUUCUACUGGACCGUGCUGUGCCUGGUGGGCCUCAACACGCUGUGCGUGGCUGUGGUGCACUAUGACCAGCCGGAGUUGCUCUCUGACUUUCUCUAUUUUGCUGAGUUCAUCUUCUUGGGAAUUUUCAUGUCAGAGAUGUUGAUAAAGAUGUAUGGUCUGGGCACCCGGCCUUAUUUCCACUCCUCGUUCAACUGCUUUGACUGUAUUGUCAUCGUGGGCAGCAUAUUUGAGGUGAUCUGGGCAGCAAUCCAGCCUGGAACCUCCUUUGGAAUCAGUGUCUUACGAGCUCUCCGAUUGCUCAGGAUCUUCAAAGUGACCAAGUACUGGGCAUCCCUGCGGAACCUGGUGGUUUCCCUGCUGAAUUCCAUGAAGUCCAUCAUCAGCUUGCUGUUCCUGCUCUUCCUCUUCAUUGUGGUCUUUGCUCUACUGGGCAUGCAGCUCUUCGGUGGCCAAUUUAAUUUUGAGACAGGCACCCCACCCACAAACUUUGACACAUUUCCUGCAGCAAUAAUGACAGUGUUUCAGAUCCUAACAGGAGAGGACUGGAACAUGGUGAUGUAUGAUGGAAUCGAGUCUCAGGGAGGAGUGAACAAGGGCAUGGUCUUUUCUAUCUUCUUCAUCGUCCUCACAUUGUUCGGGAACUAUACGCUGCUUAAUGUAUUCUUGGCCAUUGCUGUGGACAAUCUGGCCAAUGCACAGGAGCUGACCAAGGAUGAACAAGAGGAGGAGGAGGCCGCAAGUCAGAAGAUUGCUCUGCAGAAGGCCAAGGAGGUUGCAGAAGUGAGCCCUCUCUCUGCAGCUAACCUCUCCAUUGCUGCUAAGGAGCAACAGAAGAACCACAAAGGCUCAAAGUCAGUGUGGGAGCAGCGUACCAGCGAACUGCGCAAGCAGACCUUGAUGACAAGCCGCGAGGCACUCUACAAUGAACUGGACCCAGAUGACCGCUGGAAGGUUUCCUACUCAAGGCACAUCCGUCCUGACAUAAAAACCCACCUGGACCGACCUCUAGUUGUGGACCCUCAGGAGAACCGUAACAACAACACCAACAAGACGCGGCCCUGCGACAGCGCAGAGCAGCAGCAGCUCAACCAGCAGCGGGCCGAGGAAUUCCUGCGCAAACAGACGCGUUACCACGAGCGGGUUGGGGGUGGGGGCAGGGGUGGGGGUGGCUCUGGACGGCCCUAUGAGAGAGCAGACUCCACUGAGUCUCGUAGGGGAUGUAAAGAGCAUGAGCUGGGGCACCACAAUCAGAACCACCACUCCCAAUCUCACCUGGAUGGCCUCGAUGAUAGGAAUAGAGAUCCCCAUCGCCGGCACCAGCACCGGGCACCUACGGGUCGUGCCAAGGAUGGCCACAGCAUGUCUCCACGAGGAGAGGGUGUCCCAUCAGAGCAUCGCCGACCACGCCAGCACCGCCGACCCCCAGAAGAUGAAGAUGGAGGAGGAGGAGGGGGCCGGGGUGGCAGACACAGAGGGCCAGGAGGAGAGGGAGGAAACAAGAGGUCAGAUGGAGGUGGGGACUGCGAACACACAGACGGGAUGGAUCGGAGGCAGAGACGUCAUCGUCACAGUGCCCAAUCUACGUAUGAGAACGAUAGCAAGAGAGACAGAGACAGGGAACGGGUCCGACAGCACCGGGUCAGGAAAGAGGGUCAGGGCAACGGCCCCACCCUUUCCACUACCCGGCCCAUCCAGCAGAGCCUGCCCCGGCAGGACAGCCAGUACAGUGAAGACAUGGACAAUGUGAUGAACAGUAAACUUGCCACUCAGCCAGCCAGCACUCGCAACCACAGCCACUCCAACCACAGCCCUUCAGCCCCGCCCAGCCCUGCAAACCCCAUGCUGCCAAACAGCAUCCCCAAUGCGACCAAUACUCCAAUUAACCACCCCCACCCAACAGGUGGCAGUCCUGGGAAGACCACUGACAACAGCCUGAUUCUCACCAACCCAACCUCCACACCAAGCAACCCCAGCAAAACCAACAUAAAGAUGCCUGAACACACCACUGUGGACAUCCCCCCUGUGUUUCCUUCCAACAACGCCAUCCUACAGGUGAACAAGAAUGCCAACACAGAGCCCCUGCCUAAGAAGGAGGAGGAGAAGAAAGAGGAGGAAGAUGAUGAUGGCAAAGGGGAUGAGAAUGGGCCCAAGCCCAUGCCCCCCUAUAGCUCCAUGUUCAUCCUGUCCACCACCAAUCCGUUCCGCAGGCUGUGCCAUUACAUUGUGACGCUGCGCUACUUUGAGAUGUGCAUCCUGCUUGUGAUCGCCAUGAGCAGCAUUGCCCUCGCAGCAGAGGACCCCGUCCAGCCCGACUCUCCACGGAACAACGUCCUGCGCUACUUUGACUAUGUCUUUACUGGGGUUUUUACAUUUGAGAUGCUGAUCAAGAUGGUGGACUUGGGCUUGGUCCUGCACCAAGGCUCCUACUUUCGAGAUCUGUGGAACAUCCUGGACUUUAUUGUGGUUAGUGGUGCCCUGGUGGCCUUCGCCUUCACCGGGAGCAGCAAGGGAAAGGAUAUCAGCACCAUUAAGUCGCUGCGAGUACUGAGGGUUCUGCGUCCUCUGAAGACCAUCAAACGUCUGCCCAAGCUCAAGGCUGUAUUUGACUGUGUGGUGAACUCCCUGAAGAACGUCCUCAACAUACUCAUUGUCUACAUGCUCUUCAUGUUCAUCUUUGCCGUGGUGGCUGUGCAGCUUUUCAAGGGCCGCUUCUUCUAUUGCACUGAUGAGUCGAAGGAGUUUGAGCGUGACUGCAGAGGCGAGUACUUGGUGUACGAGCGUGACAAUGAAGUGAAGGCACAGAAGCGGGAGUGGAAGAAGUAUGAUUUCCACUACGACAAUGUGCUUUGGGCUCUGCUCACUCUCUUCACAGUUUCUACUGGAGAGGGGUGGCCGCAGGUGCUGAAACAUUCAGUGGAUGCGACUUACGAGAAUCAGGGCCCAAGCCCAGGGUACCGGAUGGAGAUGUCCAUCUUCUACGUGGUAUACUUUGUGGUCUUCCCCUUCUUCUUCGUCAACAUCUUUGUGGCCCUCAUCAUCAUCACCUUCCAGGAGCAGGGUGACAAGAUGAUGGAGGACUACAGCCUGGAAAAGAAUGAGAGAGCCUGCAUUGACUUUGCCAUCAACGCCAGACCAUUGACGCGACACAUGCCUCAGAACAAGCAGAGCUUCCAGUACCGCAUGUGGGAGUUUGUUGUGUCACCACCAUUUGAGUACACUAUCAUGGCCAUGAUCGCGCUCAACACCAUUGUCCUUAUGAUGAAGUACAACGGUGCUUCUGAUGCUUAUGAGAACGUGCUGAAGAACCUGAACAUCGUUUUCACCUCCCUCUUCUCCAUGGAGUGUGUGCUGAAGAUCAUUGCUUUUGGAGCCCUGAAUUAUUUCAAGGAUGCAUGGAAUAUUUUCGACUGCGUUACAGUCCUUGGGAGCAUCACGGACAUUUUGGUGACAGAGUUAGGGAACAACUUUAUCAACCUGAGCUUUCUCAGGCUGUUCAGAGCAGCGCGUCUUAUCAAGUUGCUCCGGCAAGGAGAAACUAUCCGCAUCCUGCUCUGGACCUUUGUGCAGUCCUUCAAGGCCCUACCCUAUGUGUGCCUGCUCAUUGCCAUGCUGUUCUUCAUCUACGCCAUCAUCGGGAUGCAGCUUUUUGGAAACAUAGGGAUUGACGAGGAUGGGGAAAGCGCCAUCAACCAACACAACAACUUCAGGACUUUCUUCCAAGCCCUCAUGUUGCUCUUCAGGAGCGCAACAGGAGAGGCAUGGCACGACAUCAUGCUUGCGUGCCUUGGGGGGAAGGAGUGUGACCCACGCUCUGGUAACAAGGAGCCUGAGUGCGGCAGCGAGUUUGCCUACCUCUACUUUGUCUCCUUCAUCUUUCUCUGCUCCUUCUUGAUGCUGAACCUGUUUGUGGCUGUCAUCAUGGACAACUUUGAGUACCUUACUCGGGACUCCUCCAUCCUGGGACCUCACCACCUGGACGAGUAUGUCCGGAUUUGGGCCGAGUAUGACCCAGCUGCUUGCGGGCGCAUUCAUUAUAAGGAUAUGUACAGUUUAUUGCGAGUAAUCGACCCCCCUCUGGGCUUAGGCAAGAAAUGCCCUCAUAGGGUGGCCUGCAAGAGACUUUUGAGGAUGGACUUGCCUGUUGCUGAUGACAACACUGUUCACUUCAACUCCACCCUCAUGGCCUUAAUCCGCACUGCACUUGACAUCAAGAUCGCCAAGGGUACGGAAGGGGGUGCAGACAAACACCAGAUGGAUGCUGAGCUCCGGAAGGAGAUGAUGGCAAUCUGGCCCAAUCUCUCCCAGAAGACACUGGAUCUGCUGGUGACCCCUCACAAGUCAGCGACCGACCUCACGGUGGGCAAGAUCUACGCCGCUAUGAUGAUAAUGGAGUACUACCGGCAGAGCAAGGCCAAAAGGACCCAGGCCCUCCACGAGGAGCAGAAUCGAACGCCAUUAAUGUUUCAGCGCCUGGAGCCCCACUCGCCAACCCAGGAUGGUGGGCAGGGAGUCAACAGUCUCCCAGAGCCUCAGCCAGACGCUACGGUUAACCUUGAGGAUGGUAAGAUAUUGCAGUGCCCCCCACGGUGCUACGUGAAGCAGGGUCUGGAGACAAGGCCACUGGAAGGGGGGAUGACGGAGAGCCAGUCUUGGGUAACGGCUCGAGCGCAGGAGAUGUCCCAGAAGGCAGGCAGUUGGAGUCCUGAGGGGCCACGCGCAGAGGACAUACAAGAUGGCCGACACAACCCGCAGACGGUAGAGAUGAGAGAGAUGGGGCGGGACGGUCACUCGGACAGUGAGCACUAUCUCCCCAUGGAAGGGCACGGGAGGGCCGUUUCCAUGCCCCGACUUCCAGCAGACAACCAAACCAUCAUGGACAGCAGUCCUAUGAAGCGUUCAGCCUCGUCACUGGGCCACGGGCGCCCGGGAAAGGGUACGAGACUGGAUGACUACGCGCUGGAGCGAGUGAUCCCCGAGGAGGGCCAGAGGCAUGGGCACCGGCGCCGCGAGCGGAGCCACCGGACCUCGGAGCGCUCGCUGAGCCGCUACACCGAUGCUGACACAGGGCUUGGCACAGACCUCAGCACCACGACGCAGUCAGGAGACCUGCCACCUAAAGAGAAAGACCGCGAUCGGGAGAGAGAUCGUGAGAGGGAGCGCGACCGUGACAGGGAACGCGGUCGACCUAAGGACAGGAAGCAUCACCACCAUCACCACCACCAUCACGGGUCUGUGGACAAGGAACGCUACGGGCCAGACCGGGGUGAUUAUGGCCACCGGCCACCCCGAGAGAGAGACCACCGAUGGUCCCGUUCCCCAAGCGAGGGCCGGGAAUGCAUGACGCACAGACAGGGCAGUAGUUCGGUGAGCGGGAGUCCCGUCCCCUCGACCUCCGGCACCAGCACCCCUCGCCGUGGCCGCCGGCAGCUGCCCCAGACCCCUUCCACACCCCGGCCCCAUGUCACCUAUUCCCCCGUGGUCCGCAAGGCCAUCAGCACCCCACCUAGUCAGCAGAGUAGACUCCCCACCCCAACCCCACGGCGCUUCUCCCCAUCAGGCCCCCCGCCCCCCCACCAUGGCUCGCCCCGCUCUGCCCGUCGCGGCCGCUGGCCGCCCCAGCCGCCAGACAGCGUGGAGGGCGACGGCUGCUUCUACCACCAGGACUACGAGUACGAGCACCACGAGCCCCCCGCCUACGAGCAGAGCCCCUCCACCCAGGGAAACCCCCACCCCCGCUCACCCAGGACCUCCCGACAUCCCCCACCCCAGGUGCAGCAGCCACCCCGCCGUCUGCCCAACGGCUACCGCUCGUCCUCACCUUCCCCCCACCGCCAGGGGCCCCAUCCGCGGGGGCCCCGAAAGGGCCUGCAUGAACCCUACAGUGAGACCGAUGAGGACGACUGGUGCUAGCCUCUGGGGAACGGGGAGGGCUGGGGGCUUAUGGGGGUCUUCUGCAAUGCUGCGAACUUAUGGGGUCGGGCGGGCGAGGCACACUACACACAGCGACGGCAGCUGGCGCACCGGCUCAAGACACAGGGGAGCCCGAGGCACGUUUCUUUCCUUUCUCUUCCUAAGGUCGUUUCCUCUGCUGCCCCAUGUCUCCUGCGGGAGGUGAGGGGCUGCGCCGUUGGGUGGGAAAGGGGAAGGAACCCGGAGGCCGGAAGCUCAAGGCUGGUCGAGGGACCUGCCAGGAAGAGGACCGAAGACGUGCUGGCAGAACACCUAAAAACAAAGCCUAAAAAUUUGUGGAAGCACAGCAAUGGGAAUCACCUCACCCCGUUUCGAAGACAACGACACACAGGUGUUUCCGACCAAGACGAGACUCAGAGAUGGGACCUUUUUUCUUGCGAGUCAAACUAUGCCUCUGGAAACACGUUACGGACAACAACAACUGCACAAACUCGAAAUAGGGACAAGUACCACUUUUUGCUUUUCGAGACUGACUUAGUGCUCCAUCUAUUGCAAAAACCAACCCUGGUGUUGGGUGAUAUUGAUGAGUUUUAUCAUCUGUGUUUACUGUUAAUAAUUAUAACACUGACAGUGUCCCUUCCGCAUGUGUGUGCGGGCGGGGUGAGGAGUGAUGGAUAGGGUAGGGGGUGGGGGGCGUAGGGGUGGUUCUGGGGGGAGGGGGGCAGCAGGGAGACGGGACUCACCCACUGCUCCUGCAUGGCUGUCCCCCGAACGAGGGAAGAAGAAACAGAACAAACAAAGGAGGAAAAAAAAAACAGAGAACACUUUCUUCUGCAGUUCUUCUACUUCUCUUGCUUCUUCUUCUACUUCUUCUUCUUCAAAACAUUGGAGCUUGAUUAUUCUGUUGCACCCGUUCAGCUUUGUUUGGACUUUUAGAGUACAAUCCCGUGGAAUCCUGCAUGACUGAUUUAAAAAAAAUAAUAAUAAUAAUGAUAACAAAAGAGAAAAUUAACUGAGCGGGAGGGGAGUAAGUCCUUUGUCCUUUUUGAAGCCUACGGAAGUUCUCUCUCUCUCUCUCUCUCUCUCUCUCUCUCUCUCUCUCUCUCUCUCUCUCUCUCUCUCUCUCUCUCUUUCUUUCUCUCUCACUCUCUUUCUCUUCAGUCCUUGCUCCCUGUCCUGCUGUCGGUCCAUCACUCACUGCGUUCUUGGGGUGAACAGUGGCUGCUCGGCGUGCUUGAAGCACACAGUCUAAGGACACUCAGAGGCGUGGAUUUCCACACAGACGUGCACGCGUCAGCGAUUUAUACCUAAGCCAGGGCAUCCUGCAGGUUUUUCACAUUGCUUUUUAUACUAGAUGCCAAAUCAACCGCAUAUCCUUGAACAAAAGAAUUUAGACAAUACCCCACGUGAUAUUUUCCUUCUGAAAUUUCUCUAAAUGUAAAACGUUAUUCAUGCGGGAGUGACCACGACCGAGGCUUUUGCAGGGACACGUGCUCUUGGAUUUGUUGCCAUUAUUGAGCUCAGAGGUGUUCAGAAACACUUGGGUAGGCGGACACACACACACACACACACACUAAAGCACAGUCUCAGCAGUGUACGAUGGCACAUUUCAACGUUUCGCCCUCCAUGGCUCCACUGCGCUCUAUGGCACAGUUCUAGGAGAUUCCCGAGGACCCUUUAGGGACUCUGAACCUUAAUGUGACACCGCGGGAGAAUUUGCCUCUUCGUCGGUCCCACCGGAGCAACACACAGGCCAGGUCAGGCCAGGUACCUGCUAGCGCGCACACAUGUGUCCGGCAGCACACCCGAACCAGACCUGUGCUUCCAGUCUUCCAUAUUUUCUCUCCAGAGAGAGAGUGAAAGAGAGAGCAAAGAGAACAUUUAUCCAUUUUAAGAAUAAAUUUGUUAUAAUAGUGAUAAAGGUUCUGUAGGUAAUGAUAAUGAUAGUGGUAAUGAUGAUGUGAGAGAGAGAAAACUCUGUACAUGUGUUUUAAUGUGUUUUGGAGUCGGCUGUGUUCAUCCCGUUUCUCGUUCUUGUUUCCCAUGUUUGUUUUUGGAUUCGUUUGCUCGGUGGAAACCUGCAGCGUGUGGAGCUCAGCGGAAUGGGAGCUUCGGCACGGUUUCGAGUCUCUGGUUGUGUAAACCAGUUCCUACCUCCAGGUCAUGAGAUCAACCUCUAAAAAGGGCUGUGAUCGUUCUGACAUGCAGGAAGAAUGGAUUUUAAGAAUGUUACAUGUCAGAAUCAUGCAAAGUAGAGAGUAACGGGGGAAUGCAGUGUAAUAACUGGCCCAGAUUGAACACAGAAAGCUGGAUAUGCCUGUUUCAGCCCUACAUCGUGAUGGACAUUGAAAGAGGAAGUGGGAGGAGGGGUUCUCAUGUGGUUCAAUACUGAAUUCUCACUGCUGGAGUUAUGAACUGGGGUUCGAAAACUGAGCUGAAGGGUCCUGAGUGCAGGUUAAUUAUUUUGUAAAUUCCACUGAAAACUGCUAAUGGUUGAUCAUGUCAAAAAUGCAACGGUUGCCCCUUUUACUGCAGUUUUUGGGAUGAAAAUACGGUGUAUGUCAUCCAAAAAAGAAAAAAAAAACAAGAAAAAACAUUCCAAUUUAAAUGUUUGGAAUCGGAGGAAACUGUAUGUGGCCAUUGUGUUACCGACCCCAGUGGGUUUGGAGAGAGUGCGCGGUGGCCGAGUGGGUGGCACCGUUGUUUGUUUUUGCUGAGCAGAGGGGAGGGACGCUGCGUCCGAGUUUCCCUCUGCAAACCUGACUUGCUUCAUGCAGCAGGAGCGGGUCCUAGGUGCUCACUGCCCUGCGGGGGGGACCCCUCUGUCGAGGUCCCCAAACACAGGGGACGCAGGGACUGGAACUUUUCCUUUUGCAGAGAAACUCCUCUGUGAGCCCCUAAUCUGUGUGUCCCCGUCAGCCCCAGUCCACACCUGCAUCCCCUCCAUCUGUCUGUCUCCGCACACCAGAGAGGAUUACACAGGACACACUACCACCACCAUCAUCAUUAUUAUUAUUAUUUCUAUUCUUACUGCUAUUAUUUUACAGCUGGUCUUAUUUCCACACCUGUUCAGCUGUCAGGUAUUGUUCCGGAUACACUACAGGAAAGACACUGCACGUUUGUUUCAUAGACAUAGGCAGUUUAGAACGGCACAGAUAUAGCACAGGUGUCUCUCUCAGAAAUCAUUGUUCCACCAUAACUAGAUGUCCUUUCACAGAAAUUUUCUUCUCAUAGGCAGUAAUGUCCCAGCACAGGUACCGUGAGCAGACUUGUUUCCGCUGUGUGUCUGCACCGGUGGAUGCGUGCGUGUGUGUUCACAGAGGAAUGGACAGGUAGCAGUGGUCUUGUGUGAAUGUGUGAAUGUGUGCGCGUGGGGGUGUGUGUGUGUGUGUGUGUGUGUGUGUGUGUGUGUAAUGUACAUUGUUAUCAGUGCCUUACACUGUGAAUGAUAGAACCCCUCCCUCCACUCAGUUAGACCUGUGUAGUUCACACCUGGUGACUUGGCACAAGUCCUCCCCUCACACACAAUCCCCUCCCCCCAACACCCCCAUCCUCCUGCAUCUUCUGCACUGCCCUUUGUGUUGAGUUUGUAAGACUGUGGUGGGCGAAUUUGUGGCAAAAUCUGUUGGUCAUCUUUUGUCACAGGGUCAGGGCUGGGGAUGGCGGGGUGUGGGGGGGGGGGUUCCGUGUAGUUAUGUCAUCUUUCUCUCUGUACUGCUCAAUAACCCCUGUGUAUGUCACCCAUAAAUCUCCAGAAACCAUCUGUGUGUCCAUUCUCGUCUCUAAUUCACUGUCCCCCCUCCCUCUCCCCUUGUCUCUCUCCAUUGCAACUGUGUCUUCGCAGCGUCUCGACACCUGUGCGCCUUUGGUUGCUAAAGAGGCAUCGCACCACCAUGGAUGCCACUCAUGGGCAGGCACUCUGACAAUACAGUACCAUUCCUUACCACCAGGGGGGAGCGCUGAUGUGAUUAGGGAGCCUGGUCCCAUCUAGAGUUUUUAGAUAGAGCAAAAUUCUGAAGAUAUCUUGAACUUCCUAAAGGGUGCAAACCUCUGAUCUGUAUGUAAAACUUCUGUGUGAAAGGUAUGUGUUAUAGGGCCAUAGUCUGAAAGAACAGGAGCUGACUGAGUAGGUUGAGUGGGCAUGUCUAUUCAUCAGUGCUCAGGGCACUAACCCUAACCCUUAAGUGCAGCUCCACUACUGAAAUGAGCUGUUUGAUUGCCACAUAAUUAAAUUAUCUUAUGUAAAGUAUAAGUAGGAGUGUGAGUGAGUGAGUGUGUGUGUGAGUGUGUGAGUGUGUGUGUGUGUGUGUGUGUGUGUGUGCACGCAUGUGGCUGCAUGCAGAAAAAGGUCACGGGGAGUAAGUGAUCAGUUCUCUAGAAUGUUUCUAACUGUGUUUUUGAAACCAGCACAACGUAGGUUAUUGCAGUGUGUAGCACGACCCCGCCCUGCGUUACGGCGAGUGUGUUCCCAUGUGUUCCAGUGUGACUGUUGUAAAGUGAGAGCAUCUGCAUGCCAUGUUCAUGAGCACGCGUGUCCGUUUGUUGGUCUGCCUGCCUGUGCACAUGCGAGAGUGACUGCCUGUCAACCCCACUGUGACACUAAAAGGCCCCCUCAUCUUUUCUUCUUCCUGUGCGCCACUAUGUCCGACCACCCCAUCGACCUCACGUCAAAAUAACGUAAGAUGAAUAACGGCACAAUUAAAUCAAAAAUUACGUAGGAGCCUCUAUGGAAAAAAAAAAGAGAAACACGAGUAUUUUCAUUACAAAAAAGACCAAAAAAAGUAAAAGUAUUUACUUCCAGAACUGCAUGUGCAAUGUGCAUGCCACAGCGUGGGUUAACAGUCA